AUGCUCAAGAAUACAUUGGCUCUAUCAGGCGUUGAAUUUGAUGAUGAAGAUCCAGUGUUAGAUAGUGAGAACCCUAAAAUUCUCUUGUUGGGAUCAAAUGAUUGUGGAAAGACAACGCUCAUGAAUAGAAUACUUGGAAAUGCAAAACAAAUUGCAAUGCAAUACAUUCAUAACGAUAUUUUAAACAAUAUUCGAAAGGUCUGCGAAAAGUGUGUCAAUACUCAAUCCAUUUCGUCUCGUUUACAUCAGCAAUACCUUUCGUAUUGCAAAACACUGAUUGAAUCAGCUCCCAAGAAAGACUUGGAACAGUCACCAACCAAUUCGAAAACAAUGAAUUCAUUUCCAUCAAAAUCUUCACCAGCUUUGCUUGUUCCAAAAACGGCAGAAAUGAUCAUUGAUUUAUGGACGAAUUGUUUAGUUUUCAAAGAAACUUUUGACAAGUAUAGGGAUGAAUUGAAUGUGAGUGAUUCGUGUGAAUAUUUCUUCAAUUCUUCAACGUUGGAUCGAUUGUGUAAGGCUUCGAAUAUUCCCAAUUUUGAAGAUUCUCUUCGUAUUCGAAUGGAAACUAAAGGAGUCGAUACAAGAAAAGUGUACUAUAGUGAAACAGAAGGAUUUCCAAAACUCCAACAACUAGCUAUGGAUGAGAAAUUCCUCAAACAAUAUCCUAACUGUAUUUCUGUAUUAGAUUUUGGUGGAAAUUGCCGAAAGAAAUGGAAAGGUUACUUCCACAACAUUACAUUAUGUGUAUAUUUAGUCAAUUUAAGUUCGUUUAAUAAGAAAUCAAAAGAAAAUCCAGAAAAGAAUGAACUUGUUGAUAGUUUAGAACUGUUUGAAGAAAUGGUCAACCAUGAAAGUUUCAACAAUAUUCCAAUUCUUCUCCUAUUUAAUAAGGUCGAGAGAUUUUCAAGUCUAAUUGAGAGUGGAAAUGAUUUAUGUAAAAUAUUUCCAGAAUAUGAGAAUAGAGGGCAAUCUGCUAAAGAACGAAUUGAAUCUUCCCUUUCUUUUCUAAAAUUGAAAUUUGAAUCAAAAGCUUGGUCAAGGAAAGAUUAUUUACAUUGUCGAUUUGUUUCAUUGCUGAAUAAUCAGGAUUCCAAUCAAGUGCUCAUGGAAAUGCUAACACUAAGUAAAUUACUGAAGGAAGAUUUUGUUUCAGAUAAUAUUGACAAGAAGAAGAAUUGUCUCAUCAUGUAA